CAAAACUCACUAUAUCUCAAAUGAUUUUAGGCAACUUUUUGCUUUCUUUUUAUAGUCACUCGAUAUAUAGCUUUCUCCUUUGCUCUUUGCAUUGUUUGUUCUUUUUAAUGUUUGCUUUUGUUUCUUACUAAAAAUCCUUUCUUGCACUUAGCUUUCUGAAUGAGUUCACGUGGUGUUAUUCUCUCUAGUCAUUUUCUUGAUUUUUUGUGCUGCUUAAUUUUCCUGGGUUCUGAGUUUUCCCUAAUGGGUUUUGUUGUUUUGAUGCUUCUGGUAUCUCAGAAAAUGAAUUUCUUGUGAAUUGGAGAAUUUGGAGGAAGUGGGGAAUUUUGUGAGUAACAGUACUUUAGCAAGAUUUUUCAACGUUUGCUGUCACUAGUGGUUUAACAGAAAAUUUAAUUUGGUUUUUGCCAAUCGGGUAGAGAUCGAUCAUUUUCUUGAUUGUAUUGGCAGGUCGGUUUUUAAGUAUCUAAUCACUUGAACAGUAAUUCCAUUAUAUUACAAAUGCAACCUUGGAGCUAUGUUCAUGGAGGGAAGGAUAUUGUAUCAAGGGAAACAAUUUCAUCUUCUGACACUAUUGCCAAAAGCAGAAAUGCCUUGCUGGGCUGGGAUUUGAAAACGGCUAGUUUUGGUAAUAACAUGGUCAUCUCAAGUCAACAAGCUAUUGAGAAUCAAAAUUUUGGGCAUUUGAGUUAUCAAGAAAUGAUGGGAAAACAAUUACCUGAUAAUUCAAUUAGGGUGUCUUUGAGCAGUGAAGUUGAUGUUGGGAAAAUCAUUAAUCCUUUUAUUGUUAAUAACACUAAUAGUUUUUCUUUAGAAGUUGAAUCCACUUCUUCAAGGCUUUCUAGCUCUGUUAUGGAUUCUAAUAGUAGAGAUUCUUCAUUUAUUGAUUUGAAGCUGGGAAGGUUUGGUGAUCCAACAACAGAUGCUCAAAAUUCAAGAACUUCUAAGGGAGCAUCCAUUCUGUCUUCAUCUGAUUCAUCAAAUCCUCCAAAGAGAAUGAGACCAGGAGUGAAUUCCCAUACUGCCUACUGCCAAGUUUAUGGUUGUAAUAAGGAUCUCAGUUCUUCAAAAGAAUAUCACAAGAGACAUAAAGUCUGUGAAGUUCACUCCAAAACUGCUAAAGUUAUUGUCAAUGGAAUUGAACAGAGGUUUUGUCAGCAAUGCAGCAGGUUUCAUUUGCUGGCUGAAUUUGAUGAUGGUAAGCGCAGCUGCCGUAAACGGCUUGCAGGCCACAAUGAACGAAGGAGAAAGCCUCAAGUUGGUCUUCACGCCGGAAGGACUGGAAGACUAAUUCAGUCAUACAAUGGCUUUGGCACUGGCCGAUUUCAUGGCACAGCAUCUUUUAUCUGUCAAGAUAUACUUCCCAGUGGUCCAUUACAUCCUGAGAAAUAUGGGACAAAUAAUUGGUGCAGGCAAAUAAAAGUUGAAGAUGGGUCCAAUUUUAGUCCACUAUCAUCCAUUCCUACAAGAAGCAUCUUCAAUGCGAGCAGUAAUCGAUAUCCACAUGAAAUGGGAGGCUCAAUUUUUUAUUCACGUUCAUUAGUCCAGGACAACUUGAUGGGAAAUGAAGACUUCACAACUUUCAAUGCAGUAUCAACCAUUCAAGGGCUAUCAGGGAUCACACACUCUGGUUGUGCUCUCUCUCUUCUGUCAUCUCACUCAAAUAAUUUUUCAGGCCAUUCAUCCGGAAUGUCCAUUGCCAGCCCAUUGGUAGUACCUGGCAGCAACACCCAUUAUAGCGUGAGCCAAGUCUCUGAAAAGCUUAUUGGAGUUAGUUCGCAGGCUUCCAUGAGUGGGGUACCAAACAAGUUCUCAUCAGGAACAAGUUCUGCAGAAGGGAGCCACUUGGGCUCCAUACUGAUACCUGAUGGAAGUGAUGCCAUAAAUUUUGAUGUCACAGAUGGUAUUUACCAAGGAUCAGAUUUUAUGAAUGCUAAGGGUAGUCUUUCAUGCGAAGAUGGUACUACUGUUGACUUGCUUCAGCUGUCAUCACAGCUUCAGCGAGUAGAACAUCAGAAGCAAUCCAUGCAAGUGAAGCAGGAAAAUGAUGCUCUGUGCUGGCCCCACAUCACUUAAUUCCUGUGCAAAGAAGGGAAUCAAAUCCAGAGCCGGAGCCAUAGCCAUAGCCAGAGUAUGCUUAAAUGACCUGUAUAUUGGAUCUUGUUAAGCUGCAUAAACUGAAACGUUGCAAAGCAGACCAGGAGUAAGUUCAUGUUGAUACUGUCAGAAAAUGAAUAAUCAAUGUGCUAUUCAUGCUUGCAAGAUUGAUUGUUGCUUUUUUUUUUUUUGUCCCCGUUCUCUCAACAUAAUGAAUCUCAUUAGCCCAUCAACUAGAAAAAUCAUUUGAUAUCAUUAACAUCCCAUCAUAUAUAAUUGUUUGGUUUUCAUAUUCAACUCACUUUGAUAACACAAGUAAAAUGCAUGUUUUAUUUCG